AUGGCUUCGCAUACUCCGUCUUAUUCAUACGGAUACCAGCCAGUGCUCCUGCCCGGCGAGACCGGGAUUGAGAAAGACCCAAUCUGCAUCAUCAUGAACCCAGGGGAACGCGCGCUUUCAACUGCAUCCCGGAUAUUCUUCGGCAUUCAGCAUCCGAUACAGUAUAAUGUAAAGGUCAAAGACUUGGGUUACGUUCAUCCCGACCAUCUCGUCAAAUUUCGAGGCUACUGGGCGAUGGAACAGCAGAUGGGUAGUGCACAGGAUAUGCAAGAUAUCGGCGAAGACCACGACGGAAACGAACAUCCUAACACAAGCACGCAAGGUUACUCACACCCACAAACUACGCAAGAUGUCGACAAAGGCGAAGUCGAAAACAUCGCUUCUAAGUAA